AGCAAAGUAGUAAUCCAUUUAUUAAGCAGUAAUUUCAGUUCCGAAUCAAAAGCAGCUUUUUGCUUGUAAAGAUUCUGAUCAUAAGACGUUCUUUGGAUUUACCCAAAACCCUAGAAUUGUUAUAAGAGCUGCUGAAGAUGGGAAGAGGGAAGAUUGUGAUUCGAAGAAUUGACAACUCUACCAGCAGGCAAGUGACUUUUUCGAAACGAAGAAAAGGGUUGAUUAAGAAGGCAAAAGAACUAGCAAUUCUUUGUGAUGCAGAAGUUGGACUUGCAAUCUUUUCUAGCUCUGGCAAGCUUUAUGAAUUUGCUAGCACCAGCAUGAAAUCUGUUAUUGAUCGAUAUAAUAAAGCAAAAGAAGAAAACCAACCAUUUAUGAAUCCGAUCUCAGAAGUUAAGUUUUGGCAAAGGGAGGCAGCAGUUUUAAGACAACAACUGCACAAUUUGCAAGAAAAUCAUCGGCAGUUGCUGGGAGAGCAACUUUGUGGUUUGAGUGUGAAAGACUUACAGAGUUUAGAGAAUCAAUUGGAAAUGAGUUUGCAUGGUAUUCGCAUGAAAAAGGAACAAAUCUUAACAAAUGAAAUACAAGUGCUUAAUCAGAAGGACAACCUCGUCCAUCAGGAAAAUAUGAAACUAUGGAAGAAAACUAACUUUAUACGUCAAGAAAACAUGGAAUUAUACAAGAAAGUUUAUGGCACAUGGGACAAGGAUGCAACAAGUCUGAACUCCUUCAACCUGUAUGGUUUUAACAGUGAAGAAAGUUCUCAAGUACCUACUCAUCUACAACUAAGGCAGCCGGAGCAGCCAAACUAUGAGAUACUAUCCAAUGCAACAAGAUAAAAGUAAGAAGAAAAGAUUUUCAUCCUUGGAAGAUGAGUUAGCACCAAGAUUCCUUGCAUUUCAAUGUUGACCGUAUUUAGAUAAGAUAAAGCUGACCUUGUCUAUGGUAUCUGCAUGCAUUCAUCCAUACUCAUAAUGAAAUUCAAUAUCCUUGUAAAGUUGCAAAUUAAAGAAAGCAAGAUAUAAUUAAAAAAAUAUAUAAUAUGUGCUUAUAAUUACACUCGAAAUAUA